CCCCAGUGCAAGUGGUCUCUCCCCGCCGGGCCUCGCGGGCAGCGGCGCCGUUAGCAGAGGCCCCGCGCGUGCGCCCCCUCAGUGCGAAAUGGCGGCUGUGACCAUCGGGGCUUCCCGCAGCCUAGCCAAGCGCUGGCUGCGGCCCGCGGCCCGGGCGUGGCCAGCGGCGUGCCAGACUUUUGCACGGAACUUACACUUCACAGUCUAUGGAAAGAAAAAUGCUUCUACGAAGGUUUCUGAUUCGAUUUCUACACAAUAUCCGGUAGUGGACCAUGAAUUUGAUGCAGUUGUUGUGGGUGCCGGAGGGGCAGGUCUGCGGGCUGCGUUUGGUUUAUCAGAGGCUGGAUUUAAUACAGCAUGCGUUACAAAGCUGUUCCCCACCAGAUCUCAUACUGUUGCUGCACAGGGAGGGAUCAAUGCUGCUCUGGGAAACAUGGAGGAUGAUAACUGGAGGUGGCAUUUCUAUGACACAGUGAAAGGGUCUGAUUGGCUGGGUGACCAGGAUGCCAUACACUACAUGACUGAGCAAGCCCCUGCUGCAGUGAUAGAGCUGGAAAAUUAUGGGAUGCCAUUCAGCAGAACUGAAGAAGGAAAAAUCUAUCAGCGUGCUUUUGGUGGACAGAGUCUUCAGUUUGGAAAAGGAGGACAGGCUCACAGAUGCUGUUGUGUGGCAGACAGGACAGGACACUCACUGCUACAUACUCUGUAUGGCAGGUCUCUAAGAUAUGAUACAAGCUACUUUGUUGAAUAUUUUGCCUUGGACCUCCUUAUGGAAAAUGGAGAAUGUCGUGGUGUUAUUGCUCUUUGCAUAGAAGAUGGCACUAUACAUCGUUUUAGAGCAAAGAACACCGUCAUUGCCACUGGCGGGUACGGCCGCACUUACUUCAGUUGUACGUCUGCUCAUACUAGUACGGGUGAUGGCACUGCGAUGGUCACACGAGCUGGUCUUCCUUGCCAGGACUUAGAGUUUGUACAGUUUCAUCCUACAGGUAUCUAUGGGGCUGGCUGCCUUAUAACGGAAGGAUGUCGUGGAGAGGGAGGUAUUCUAAUUAACAGUCAAGGUGAAAGAUUUAUGGAGAGAUAUGCACCUGUUGCUAAGGAUCUGGCUUCCAGGGAUGUGGUGUCUCGUUCUAUGACCAUAGAAAUCCGUGAAGGAAGGGGUUGUGGUCCUGAAAAAGACCACGUGUACUUGCAGUUGCACCACUUACCACCACAACAGCUAGCAACUCGUCUCCCAGGAAUUUCAGAAACAGCUAUGAUAUUUGCUGGAGUUGAUGUCACUAAAGAGCCUAUUCCUGUUCUGCCUACUGUGCAUUAUAAUAUGGGAGGCAUUCCUACUAACUACAAAGGACAGGUGAUUACACAUGUAAAUGGCGAGGACAAAGUGGUACCUGGUUUAUAUGCUUGUGGGGAAGCAGCCUCUGCAUCUGUCCAUGGUGCAAAUCGACUUGGAGCAAACUCACUCCUGGAUUUGGUGGUCUUUGGUCGUGCAUGUGCCCUUACUAUUGCUGAGACAUGUAAGCCUGGAGAGCCAGUUCCCUCCAUUAAACCAAAUGCUGGUGAAGAGUCGGUUGCUAAUCUUGACAAACUAAGAUUUGCUGAUGGAACUGUAAGAACUUCGGAAUUGCGACUUAGCAUGCAGAAGGCAAUGCAAAGCCAUGCUGCUGUAUUUCGGACUGGCUCUGUACUCCAAGAAGGCUGUGAAAAACUUAGCCAAAUUUAUAGUGAUCUGGCUCAUCUGAAGACCUUUGACAGAGGUAUUGUGUGGAACACUGACUUGGUGGAGACCCUUGAACUGCAAAACCUGAUGCUUUGUGCUCUACAAACCAUUUAUGGUGCUGAGGCUCGCAAGGAGUCCCGAGGUGCUCAUGCCAGAGAGGACUAUAAGUUACGGAUAGAUGAGUUUGACUAUUCUAAGCCACUCCAAGGCCAACAAAGGAAGCCAUUUGAGGAGCACUGGAGAAAGCAUACCCUUUCGUAUGUGGAUGUCCCAUCUGGGAAGGUUACCUUGAAAUACAGACCUGUGAUUGACAGAACUUUGAAUGAAGAAGACUGUGCCAGUGUCCCACCUGCUAUCCGCUCAUACUAAUAACUUGCAUUCAACUUGCAGCCCUCUCCCAGAGGGGGUUAGUGUGCAUAAGCAUAGCGCGAGCAAAUCAAAAUGGUAUUGUCACUACCAAUUAAUGGAAAAUGUUGUCUAAACUUUUCUCCAGCUUAUAUUCUGCUGUUGCUUACUGUACAACUAUGAAAAUGGAAUGCACGACAGCUUAUGUUCUUUCAUCCAUCUGUCAAAAAUGACAAGGAAAACACAGAAUGUGUCUAAAUAAAAUUAUUAGAAGUUUUGUAUUUGUGUGACUAUGCUGUUAUGUAUAUAUUUACAGUGCUUUUACUCUGAAUGUAUAGUUAUUUCUGUAUUUUAAGAAAAAUACAUGCAUUGUGGUAGUUUCAGACAAGACUGAGAUGCUGAAUUUUACAGGAUGGAGACAAAAGCAUCAUAGUUGCUGAUUGUAAGUAAUAGAAAAUUAUAAACUAGCAAUUAGAAUUUGUUUUUUUCUAAAGCUAAAAUGGUAAAGAUUGUCAUACUGUUGUUUUAUUGAAGGAAACAAGACACUUCUACUUCCGUUGAACAAAGUAUAAUCUUAAUAGCUACACUGUACUAUCUGUGGAACUUCUGAAGACGUUGUUGUGCUUGUGUAAUUGCUCGGCUGUUUUCGCCUAGAGGAACCAAAGGGCACUUUUGCAGAAGACCAACCUAAAUCUUAAAGCUUACCAGACUUAAACUUAACCUGCUGUAGUGCUAAAAUGUAACUUGUGAGGCAACAAUAGAGCAACAUUUCUGUGAAUAAGACCCAGUUCUGAAAGGACUGAAGUGUGGGUCUGCAGAUUACAAUUGAAUGGAGCAUUUCUUCAUUUUUGAAAAUUUCUGUUUUCUCGACUGCUGAAUGUUGAUUGUUGGAAAAAAUGUUGGAAAAAAUGAAGUGUUGGGUUGGAAGAAUUUUAAUACACCAUGCUUCACUCUU